CUCCGGUGACGGCAGGUGGUGCGGCGCCCCCGGAGGGGGCCAUGUCUAACGGGGUUUACGUACUGCCGAGCGCGGCCAACGGAGACGUGAAGCCCGUGGUGUCCAGCACGCCUCUGGUGGACUUCUUGAUGCAGCUGGAGGAUUACACGCCUACGAUCCCAGAUGCAGUGACUGGUUACUACCUGAACCGCGCUGGCUUUGAGGCCUCAGAUCCACGCAUAAUUCGGCUCAUCUCCCUAGCUGCCCAGAAAUUCAUCUCAGAUAUUGCCAACGAUGCCCUACAGCACUGCAAGAUGAAGGGCACGGCCUCUGGCAGCUCCAGGAGCAAAAGCAAGGACCGCAAGUAUACUCUAACCAUGGAGGACUUGACCCCUGCCCUCAGCGAGUAUGGCAUCAAUGUGAAGAAGCCACACUACUUCACCUGAGCCACCCAACCUAAAUGUUCUUGUUUGUCCCCUUGUCCCAACACCAGCCUGUUUUCGUAAUAAACUUUAUUGUGACA